CCCGUGGUGAGAGUGAUGGUUGCUUCCACUUCCCGCCAACUGGACGCUCAAAACAUGGAAGCUGGAAGUGAGGGUGCGGAAGUUACCAGUGUGGCCACAGGAGCCGGCGGGACGUCGGACAGAUAUACGCGGGCAGUGGUAAAGGUCGAAUCAUCGGACGUAGUAGCAACAGAGUCAUCGCUCAGCGAAACAGAGCACACAGCCAACGAUCCAGCGAUGGACGUGGAAGGGGAGAAGGUAACACACCGAGAGGGGGCGGACGCGCUGACGGUCAGCAAAACCGCAUCGCCGGUAGCGGCUGGCAGCGGGGAGGAGGAGGACGAUGGCAACAACACGUCGCCGCAAACCGGCAAGCUGAAUCAUCUCCACCGCCAGCAGCGGCGCAGCAGUAGCAGCAGCGGCAGCAAUCAAAGUCACCGCCAGCAGUCGGCGAACAAGCAGCGCAGCGAGCAUCUGCACCAGCUCACGGACGAUAUGCUGCGGCGGAAAACGAUGAACAACAACAGCAGCACAGUGCCGAACAACAACAGCAGCAGCACCCGUGGCAAGCGGUCGCUAGAGUCGACGGCGGAGAUGCUGCUGCAGCAGCAGCGCCGCCAGGCGGCGGCAGCAUCGACAACCACCGCAGCACCGGUCGGGAAGCAGCAGGCGCGCGGUGCGCGUCGCCCGGAGGACGACGAGGACGAGGAGGACGGGCAAACGGUCGUUGGGGCCGAGCCGGGGAAGCGGUACAUCUGCCCGAUUUGCGACUGUGUGUCGCCGACGCAGCGUGCCUUUACCGACCACAUCCGGCUGCACAAUGCCGAGUCGGAGUCGGCGGCGACGGCCGUUGCGUCCGCGAGCUUCUGCUGCAAAAUCUGCUCGAAGGUGCUGUCGUCGGCGUCAUCGCUCGAUCGGCACGUGCUGGUCCACACGGGCGAGCGGCCGUUCAACUGCAAAUACUGCAGCCUCACGUUCACCACCAACGGGAAUAUGCAUCGGCACAUGCGCACCCACAAGUACCCGUCCGGACGUGACAGCUUCGAGAGCGAUGCCGGCGGUGGUGGCGGUGGCGCAGGCGUUGGCGGUGGCUCAUCAUCCGACGGUAGUGGGGCAGGAGGAGGCAACAAGACUGUCCGUAACAGUGGCCGCACGGGGGGUCACGGUGGGCCAGCGGCAGCCACGAACCGCCAUUAUCGGAAGAAAAAGGAGGAAGACCCGGAGGAGGAUGAGGACGCGGAUGAGGAGGAUGACUACGGGCAACCGAAGCGGAAGAAGCGUGCACUGUACGAGCGUAGCGAUGAGCAGGAGGAGGAGGAGCUGGCGAUGAUGGAGGAGCAGCCGGGCAGUGGCAGGCGUCGCCGGCAUAAGGAGCUGCUGAUGGGCGUCGUCGACCUGCCGGACGAACCCGACGAGGAGGAGCGCGAGUUCGAGGAGGAGGAGGAGGAGGAGCACCGCGGCAGCAAACGGAAGGCAUCGUUGGGCGAGCGGCCGCAGCAGUACCGCAAGGUGCGGACCAUCAACAACAACCUGCUGGAGGGCUCGGUGGUCGAGAGUGGGCAACGGUACUGCUGUCCGGUUUGCGUGCGGAACGAUUUCGCGAGCAUGCUCAGCCUGGAGCAGCACCUGGACCGGGAACAUCCGACCAUACCGGCCAAAUGCCGGCACUGCGAGAUCAUGUUCCGCAGCCACAAGGCGCUGAAUGCGCACCGGUGCAGCAACAACAACUAUCAAAACAUAACGCCCGGCUUCAAGGAUCUCACCUUUGUGGACUUUUCCAGCGAGAAGUUUCCGCUGAUCGCAAAAAACCUGUGCGAGCAGAGCAUCCGGACGCCGGUGACGAGCCAAAAGUACGAGUGCACCCGUUGCUACCGGGCAUUCCCGUGCUCGAAGACGCUCGCGAUGCACGCGGCAGACUGCUGCAGUGUUGGUUUGGGCGGUACGGGCGGGGAACGAGCGGCAGGUGGGCCGAGACGCAAGCGGGCGUCGAGCGAGUCGGACUCGUCCGAUGUGUCCGGGUCGGACGGUGGUUCGUGCUACGACGAGCGCCACAACCGAACGUAUGACGAGGACCGGCAUCGGGAUCUUCGCAAUCAGCAGCAACAACAACAGCAGCAGCAACACCUCCAGCAGCAGCAGCAGCAGCAACAACACCACGCCCAGCAGGGCCACCUGCGGCGGGAAGAUUUCUUCGCCAACUUGGAUCUGCAGAACCGGUCCGUGGGGACGCUUUCGGAGGCACCGACCACACCGUCCUCGCUGGACAAGUCUUUCUCGUCGCCGGUGCCGGUGCUGAAGCAGGAACCGCUCGCAUCGCCCACCGAUUCGACGGCGGCACUGCCAACGUACUACUCCUCCAACAUGGCGCUCUAUCACGCGCACCAGCAGCAGCAGCAGCACCACCAGCAGAUGGUCGACAGCGGUAAGGAUCUCGCGGACAUUCAGUCCAUCAUCAAUGUGGCGUCGUCGGGCGGGUUGUUCGGUCGCCAGCUGGAUGGUGGCAGCCAUACGCCCCUGUCCGGCCUGCUGGACGCCUCCCUCGGCAAGGACGGUGCGGGCAGUGACAGUGGCAUGUACGCCCACUCGACCGGGUCGCGCGACGAACCGGAAGAGGCGCAGGAUGCGUUUACGGCCGAGUUUCGGCGCAUGAAGCUGCGCGGCCAAUUCCCGUGCCGCAUCUGCACGGCCGUGUUUCCGAACCUGCGCGCCCUCAAAGGUCACAACCGUACGCACGUGACGGCGGCCGGACCGGGCCCGUACCAGUGCAACAUGUGCCGCUACGUCGUCAGCGACAAAGCGACCCUGAUCCGGCACAUGCGCACGCACAACGGGGACCGGCCGUACGAGUGCGCGCUGUGCAACUACGCCUUCACGACGAAGGCCAACUGCGAGCGGCAUCUGCGGAACCGGCACGGGCGUACGACGCGUGAGGAUGUGAAGCGCGCGAUCAUCUACCACCCGGCGGAAGAUUCCUCCUGCGACGAUCCGCUCAAGAAGCUGCAGCUGUUCAACACACCGCCGGCCGACGGGUCGUACACGCCGACGAUGCUGGCGAGUGCCACGUAUCAGGACGAGCAAAGUCUGCCGGAGGCACGCAGCAGCACACCGCUGCAGUCGCAGGAGCUGAAGGACAUGCUGAUGCCGCAGCUGCCGCUGAGCUUUGUGGCAGCCGCAGCGGCGGCCGGCCAGAACCACAGUCCCCUGCUGGACACCGGUCUGCUCCUGCAGACGCCGCUGGGUGGCGGUGUGGGCAAUGGCACAUUCGGCACUGCCGCAGUCGCGGCCAAGAUACAGGUGAAGAGCCUCGAGAAGUUGAACCAGCUGACACCACCGAAGGAGGACGACGAUGAGGACGAUACGCUCGAGGAGGACCAAGACCAGUCGCUAGACGACCCGCCAAUCAUUUCGGGCAAGAAGGCAACGCUCGUAGAGGGUGGCAAACACUCGACGGAGGUGAACAGCAAUCCGCUGCCGAUCGAUUUAAGCAUGGACGCGCUUGACCUCAGCAAGAAGUCGACCGCGUUCGGACGGAAGCCAGCACCGGCCAGCACACCAACCGCACCGAUGCUGUCGACCGACGGCGAGGACGAGGACGACGAUAUGGAGGGCGCCCCGAUGCACCGUCACCACCGGGCGGACAUGUUGCUGCCGGUGAAUGGUGUCGAGAGCGAACCGCGCUCGGCGGUGUCCAAGAAGCAUGCCGGCAGUGGAGGAACCGGACCCAAGCAGCAGCACGCCAAGGACACGGAGGCGGACGAGGACGGCGAGGCGGGCCAUCGACGGGGCGAACUGCCGAAGCUAUCGAAGGUCAAUCUCGCCCAGCAACAGCAGCAGUUCUUCAACGAUACGUUCGCCAAACUCGACCCGAUGCACUUCUUCCAGCUCUAUCAACUGUACAACACGCUGCAGUUGCCAUCCUUCCCGCUGCAUGCAGCACCCUUCCUGCAGAACCCAAUGCUACCCGGUUCGGCGGCAGCGUUGGGCGAGCUGCUCGGGAAGGACUUCGGUUUGGGAGCGCUGCCCAACUUGGCGGCUGCGGCCGCCGUAACCGCAGCGGCUACAUCCAGCGGUGGUCGCAACCACCGCCAUCCGUUGCUGGUGAACCCGUUCUAUCCACCGCCGGUCACCGACACCCCGCCGAACAGCGUCACCAAGACGGCGGGAGAUUGUAUGUCCGGGGAUGUUGGAACGGCGGCGACCCUGGCAACGCCGAAACAGCUGCUGACGCCCUCAUCGCCCUCACCGAUGUCCACCCCGAUUGGGGGUGGCGGGGCCGGUGGUGCUGGCGGGUCCAGCGGUGGCAACAAUCAUCUGUCAUCUUUGCAGCAGCAGCAGCAGCAUUCGAGCGGUGGUGGCAGCGGUGGUUCACCGGUCACUUCAGCCGCUGCGCUGGCAGCGGCAGCAGCGGCAGCAGCCGCCGCCGGUGUCAGCAGCUUCGGCGUGUCGCCACUAUCGGCCGCAGCGGCUGGUGGGGGCCCCAGUGCGUCGGGCGUUGGUCCGGUGAAGAUGGUGAUCAAAAAUGGAGUCCUUAUGCCAAAGCAGAAGCAACGCCGCUACCGUACGGAGCGGCCGUUCGCAUGCGAGCACUGUUCCGCCAGGUUCACGCUGCGCUCCAACAUGGAGCGGCACAUCAAGCAGCAGCACCCACAGUUCUGGUCCCAGCGGCAACGCGGCGGCCAUCAUCUGAUGCGGCGCAGUGGUGGCGGCGGCGGAGGAGGCGGUGGUGGUGGUGGUGGUGGGGGGAGCAACAGCAGUAGCGGUGCGAGCAUGUCCGCUGCAAGCAGCUCGGUUGGGUCGCUGGUGUCCGCACUGCAGGGAGCGUUCGGGGCGGGCGGAGCAAUGCACGGAAGCGGCAACGGCGGAAGUGGUGCCAUUUCGGAGCAGGUAAAGUACGCGAUCCUGGCGCAGCAGUCCGGCAAGGGUGGCGGUGGUGGGAUGUGUGGUGGAGGCAAUAGUCAGGACGGUGCUGCCGCCAGUCACCUGAACCCACUGCUGCACAACAUGAUUGUGCAGGGUGCGGCAGGACACUGGAACCAGCAGCAGCACCAGCGCCUGAACAACCACUACGGCCAGCAACAGACACCCGUCCUGCCGUCCGGACUUGCUGGAAGGCGCAUCGGUGGGGGCGGCGGCCGUGGUGAAACGGAGGAAGACGACGAGGACGAGUGUCGGGUGGAGCGGCAGUACGAAGGUGCGACACCGAUACUGAGCCAGCGCCACCGUCGCCGUCGGCGGCGCCUGCAGUCGCAUCUCGAGUACGAUGCUGAAUUCCAGCGCCGUGGUUUCGACGAUGCCGACAACAUCCACAAGCUGGCGUACGACGAAGAGGAGCACCACCACCAGCUGCCUGCUACAGCCGAGCCCCACGAGGAAGAGCACGACGAGGAGGAAGAGGACGGAGCACCGGAAGAAGGGGGGCGAGCCGGUGAGGAGGACGAUGAAGAGGAGGACGAUGCGCAGCUCGUGAUUGAUGAGGAGGACGAAUGUGGUGGAGCGCGUGUGGCAAAAAUGCAACCACCGGAUGCGAAGACCGAGCCGAAAAGCGACCUCGUCGGUGACUCACACCUCGACCAUGGUGCGAGUUUGAACCGCAUACUGAAACAGAAGCUGGAGGAGAAUCGUACGAAGGUAGAGAACGCUGGUGGUGAAAAGGUUGCCGCCACCACGGUGCAGGAGCAGCCGUUGGUGAACGCUGCCCAGCAACAACCGCAAUCCGGCAAGCAACCGAAGCAGCCAAUCAACCAAUCAGGGACCGCUUCCGUUACGAGAAAGGCGUCAUCUAGCAGCAGCAGCAGUAGUAACAGUAGCCUGAUACAUCACGAUGAAAGCGGUAGCAGCGAUCUGGUGCCCGUGUCCAAGCUGCUGGAUAACGCAGUCAAUCCGGCGUUGGAGAGCUUCUUUAGCCGACCGGAGGUUCAGGUACCUCUGUCCCAGGACCACAGUGAUGAGGAGGGUCUGGUGGCGUCCGGGUCCGCUUCGGAGAGUAAUAACUCCGGCACGGAUGAUCCCAACCCAUCGGCGGUGGCACUCGCCCAUCAGCAGCAGAAGAAGAAAUCGGCCUACAGUCUCGCCCCGAAUCGGGUCAGCUGUCCCUACUGCCAGCGCAUGUUCCCGUGGUCGAGUUCACUGCGCCGUCACAUCCUCACGCAUACCGGCCAGAAGCCGUUCAAGUGUUCCCAGUGUACGCUGCUCUUCACCACCAAGUCGAACUGUGACCGGCACCUGCUGCGUAAGCAUGGGGACGUGGAGUCGGCCGUCUCGAUACCGGUACCGAUAGACGAUCUGCUCGAUCCCAAACCGGAACCAAUACCGGUGGCCGUUGCCGAGGCAAUGUGCAAGAAGAUUUCGGGCAAGGGUGCGCGAUCGGCAGCGGUGGUCGCCUCGCUGAAGGGACCUGAGCAACAGCUGCAACAACAACAACAGCAGCCACAGGUCGGUGCCGAAGAUGAGGAAGCCCAUCCGGAUGUGGGACAGUCGAAGGAGAAGCAUUGCGAUGUUGCUCCAAAAAACGAAUCAAUUGAGGCACGGCAGGCCGUCGAUGAGGAGGAGGAGAACGCUAAGCUGCACCCAGUGUUGGACAAGAAAAAUGGCGGUGAAGGUGGCCAUGUGGAGGAUGCGGAGCUGGAGGAAGAGGAGGACGAUCAGGAGGAGGACGACAAGCAGGCAGUGAAGGAGACUCGCCAUCGCCGUUCAGCGCGCCGCCAUCAACGCGAUGAGCAGAAUGGCGAUGAGGAGGAGCGCCGUCACCGAUUCCAUCCACACAGCGCUCCGGACACGGCGGCGACGGAGGACGAUGAUGGUGAAGGCAAGGAGGAGGAGGAGGAGGGCCUGUUUUCGGCCGGUGGUUUGCCAGAUCUUCCCUACAAGUGCCACCUGUGCGAUGUUUCAACGGCCGAGCGUGUGUCCUGCCUGGAGCACAUCAAGCAAACCCAUCCGCAGGAGUUCACGACCCUCAUGGCGAAGGUAUCGCUCGAGGCUGCCGCAUCGGCAACGGAGAGCGAGACACACACCGGCUCACCGGACGAUGAUGAGAGUGGCAACAACAACAACAACAACAACAACAACAACAACGGUGGCAAGUAUCUCGACUAUGCCAAUCGGAAGGUUAUCUGCGCAUUCUGUUUGCGUCGCUUCUGGUCGACGGAAGACCUGAGACGGCACAUGCGGACGCACUCCGGCGAGCGACCGUUCCAGUGUGACGUGUGCGAUCGCCGAUUCACCCUCAAGCACAGUAUGCUGCGCCACCGGAAGAAACACACCGCGGACGGUGGAAACGCUUCCCCCGUCUCGUCCUCCUCCUCCACCACCGGUCGGCGGCAUACGUCCUCCCGGCGCACAAACGGUCAGUCGGACGGUCGCCGAGGUAAGGUCAAUGGGCACGGUGAUCCCAACAGCGGUUCCGAUCUUACCGAUGACGACGAGUAUGAGGACGCGGAGUGCUCCAGCCCACCGCUAUCUAGCCAACAGCAGUCAGACCAACAGCAGCAGAACCACCAAACACCAGCUGAGCGUGGUACCGCAACCACCAACACCACUGCGGCGAUCCCAACGGUUCCAGCGUCGGCCGCCAUCAUCUGUGGAGGGAAGCGUUACAACCACCACCAACGCCAUCACUACCAAAACCACGGCCAGCAGCAGCAGCACUCGGAGCUGAUCGGCAAUCUGCUCGGCAUCAGCGACCAGGGCAUACUGAGCCGGGUGCUGCUCUCAUCCGCCUCCGAAGCUGCCAAGCUGCUCGGUGUGGAUAAGUGACGGGGCGCGUGUGGCCAAACACCGCAAAGCCAACACAUACCGGCGAGUGACAUCCACUUACUGGUUACUGGCAACAGAAGUAGUGCGGUUUAGUACUCGGAUACUCCUCAGGAUGGUGGCAUUCGUGUUGCUUUCUUUUAUUUUACGUAUUAGCGGUUAGAACCGUCGUUGUGCAGGUCGAAAAUAACUCAAACAAUGCGAGAAGAACAAUAUAUCCCGGUUACGGUUUGUUACGGGGGACUGUUGUUGUAAAUAUUUUAUUUAAACAAAACAGAAACACUCCACACUUAAAAUUAAGUCACAGAAUAAUUGCACGUGCGCGCGCGCGCGCGAGAGAGAGAGAUAGAGUGAGAAAGAUUGAUCUUUUUGUUGGUUUAAAAAAAAAUAAGUUAGAAAAUCGGAAAAUGCACGCGCAUAGCAUACGACAUUUUCCAAACAGCAUAAUCAAA